UUACUCCUCCAACAUUUAAUUUGGUUUUAAAUUCCCCAUAACCCACUACAUUUUUUAUAUAUCAUGGCUUUGGAAGCCAUUUGUGGUAUGAAUCGAAUGCCUUUCAUGCGGCGCUUCGACGAUUUGCAAUCCGAAUGGCAACAGGAGCAACUUCGCGAGGCCACCAGUAAUUUUGAGAAUCCCUAUGCACUGAUGGCGCCACCAUUCGAAAGACCCGCUGAGAAUCUGCCAAAGAUCCUAGCCCAUUGUAAAAUUCGCAUGGAUUUUGACCAUGGCACCACCACCUUGGGCUUCAAGUACCGCGGAGGAGUGAUAUUGUGUGCAGAUUCGAGGGCCACUUCGGGGCAAUAUAUUGGUUCGCAGACAAUGAAGAAAAUCGUGGAACUGAAUGACUAUAUGCUGGGCACUUUGGCCGGUGGAGCUGCCGAUUGUGUCUACUGGGAUCGUGUUUUGGCCAAGGAGUGCCGAUUGCACCAACUUCGGUAUCGAAAACGCAUGACUGUGGAUACGGCUGCCCGGAUUAUUUGCAACAUCUCCACGGAGUACAAGGGCAUGGGUCUGGUAAUGGGAAUGAUGUUGGCUGGCUUUGAUGACGAGGGCCCCAAGUUAAUCUACGUGGAUUCGGAGGGCAUGAGGUCACAUGGUCAGGUCUUCUCCGUGGGCAGUGGAUCCCCCUAUGCCCUGGGUGUUCUGGACACCGGAUAUCGUCACGAUCUCAGCGAUCAGGAGGCCUAUGAUUUGGCCAGACGAGCAAUAUACCAUGCCACCAGCAAGGAUGCCUAUUCCGGGGGCAUUGUUCGCCUCUAUCACAUAAGUUCGGAUGGCUGGCGAAACAUCUGCAACACGGAUUGUUCCGAGCUCCAUGAUUCGUACUGUGGAACGGGGCAUCUGGAGAAAAGGAAAGAUCAAAAGGGUAACCCUGAUGAAGGUUUGCCCUGCUCCAGUGGAUGGACGAAAAGAAAACUUGCUGAAGAUAAUGUUCAAACUAAGUUGGAAACGGUAUAA